AUGAGUUCUUCAUCAAGCUCUCGUGAACCUUCACCAUCUAUGAAACAAACUUUACCAAACGAUUAUGGAGCACCUAUUGAAUAUUUCUUACGAGCUGCACAAUGGCAAAGAGCAGUCUCACCAAGGUUAGGUGUUCCACCAGCUCCUGUCAAAAAUAGCAUUUGGUCAAGUCCUUAUAUAAGAUAUGGUCUCCCACUAGGUUUGCUAGCUACAGCAGGAGCAGUUAUGAUGUUGAAAAGAAAUAAAGCAAAUGUUGUAAAUAAUACUGAAGUAGCUGAAGUUAAACAAACUCCAACACCUUCGCCAAAACCAACGCCUUCACAAGCAAAACCUUCAA